AUGUGUGCGGAGAAGCCAAGAAAUUGUCUAAAAAGGGCUUAUAUUUUGCCGCAGAUAUCUGAUUCUACACAUUUUGGCUUCAUCGUUUUGGUCUUAUUGUAUACACAGCAUUCGGAAUGGAAGGCCACGAAAAUUUUAAGGAACAGGCAACAACGAACCGCUAUUGCCUCUCUAAUUACUGCUUUAAAAGAAGUUCCAGCGGUCACUGAUCAAACUGUCAAAGGGCUGAUACGUCUAUCCGUAACAAACUGUUUCACUAGAUUUACUGAUCCUCGCUCCUAUAGUUUGCUUCUCUCACUCAUCACUGCCUUAUUUGAAAGAAAUCCAUCGAUUACAAUUGAGUCGCUGUCUGAUUCAUUUUCCGCUUUCUUCAGUAGUUCCAGAGUUUCUCUGAGGAAACUUUGCAUCAAAAAGGCAACUAUAGCUGGAAAAUGGUUAUUGUUUCUUCUAGAAAAAGUUUCCAAGGAGUCAUUACAAAGCCACUUCCUGUCUACGGAACUAGUGCCAACGUUUUGCACUAUUGCUUUUUUUGUGGUCGGAAGUAGUAAAGCGACAUUACUUUUCCGGAAAAGAUUAAAAACGCUGUGUUCUCCACGUUUGUUGGAAGAGUUGGUUUGCCUGCUCGAAAAACUUCUUGGAAGUACAUCUUUGGGACCAGAAAAAUUACUGUCGUUCCUUUGUUUAUUGCCAAAUGAAGAUGCGGAUUCAAAAAUAACCUCUUUCUUCAUUUCGAUAUUAACGACCAGCAUUUUACUUGGGAAGCAGAGACCGAAAUCUCAUAUCAUGGCUGCUUGUGGUAGCCUGUUUGGAUGUAUUGGGGGAGACCAUUUAAAGGAGAAAAUAUUUCCUACUGCUAAGAAAGCGUUAUUGCGUAGUACGGAAAUUGCGAUUUUUGGUAUAAUACUCCAUUUUGUUGCGUCAGGAGAAAGAAUAUGCACGUUACUGGAGUUUCUUAAAACUGAUCUUAGCAGUUACGUGGAUGACCUUUGCUCCAUGCUAAUUGGUACACCUCUGAUUUCCACGGACGAAAAAACACGUGAUUGUGCUUCUAUUGCAUUUGGAAAUGCUGCAAAGAAUAUUUCCGAUUCCACUGCAGUUUGCAAAUUAGUCAAGUCUCAGUAUGACGCCUACUUAGGUGGUAAAGGUAAAAUUGGGACCUCUGCACAGCGCAUCUCAAUUAUCGAUACGAUAAGAAAAAUGAAUAAUCAUUGUGCGUAUGGAAAAGAAAGCGGGAACACAAUUGGUCACGAGCAAUCUUUGAGUUCAAGUUUGAAUCGGUCUGCUGCCCUGCGAGCUAUGGUACCAAUAUUUGCAAAACGUGGUAUUUUGUGUUUAUCUAAUACUCCUAUUUUAGAUGGAUUCAAAGGUUUCGAUCAAGAUUUGAUAGAUGCUGUUCUUAGCGUCCACGAAUCUCCAAACUCUACUCCAGGGGAAUUUAUUGCAUCGUCAGUUUUGCUGUUGAAAUGUGACAGUGAUGAAGUUCGUAGGAAGGCCUGGGAUCAGACUGUUUCGAACAGAAUUUACUUUAAGGAGAAGUUCCUAAUCAGUUUGGGAGAAAAAGACGUUGCCCUUUUACCAGAAAUCAGUAAGAGAAUCCUUAUGGACAGAGUUUAUACAGAUACUGAGAGUGAGAAGUGUUGGGAGGUGGCGCUUUUGUGCUUAAGUGCUGCACUGCUGUGGCCUGUGUACGGAAUACGGAAAGCUGCUUUGUCGUCAUUAAAUCAGUUAAUAACUUCUGAUGGUCUUUAUUUUUCUAGCAGACUUUUGGAAAAUCUUUAUAAUUAUGUCGUGUCAGGAAACGGUGAUAAGGACUAUCAAAGGAUUUUACGACGCAACGAGGUUGCAAGCGAGGAGAUGAACGAAAAGAUUCCUGGAAAAGUGUUGCUUGCUGUAAUAAGGAGUGUUCUCAGCGCGUCAAAGUUGAGCAACUACGACAGAAAUCUAGAGCUUACUGGGAAACUUGUUAACGGGAGCUAUGAUUUGGCUGGAGAAUUGGAAGAGAGUAGCGAAGAAAGUGCUCUUCAAUUUCGCUUUUUAAAUGCGGCAUUACUUAUAUGUUCUCUCCCUAGAAUUGUUGCUUGUGACGGCUCUGAGUGGAUAAGGUGGCUGCAGUCGAUUAAUGGGUAUGAACAUUUGUUUACCGAAAAAAAUAAGUCUCUGGAAAGCUCGGUCUCGUGCAUCGUUGAUACAGAAGACGCAAGUGUCAGAGAAAAUGCCGUUAAGCUGUUGAUGUCUGCCGGUGGGGUUGCUGGACAUUUUCGUGAAACUGUCUGGAGAAAAUGUGUAGAGUUGCUGGAUCAGAUAAACUUGGAAAGUUACAACGCUGUUACUGAGCGAGAUUACGGAAUUUACAAAACACCUGAGGGAAAGCUUUAUAAUACUGAGGUUAUUGACCAGAAUAGCGACGAGUGGGUCGACGCUAAGAAUAUGAAGCGAGAAAGCAAGGCGUACAAAUACAAGGAACAAAUUUUUGAAAUACAGUUGAGGAAAGAACUUGCAGAAAAACGUCGUCUAGAAGGGAAGCUUACGAAGAAACAAGUAGAAGCAGUCGACGCUGAAUUGCAGGCUGAACAUGUACAUCAUCUUUUAAUAUGCAUUACCCAUUUAAUAGUUUUAUUCUCAACUGGUGUUCCUAAUAAUUGCAUUAAAAGUCAGGUAGUAAGAGAAGAAUUGAGGAUGAUGGACAAAUAUUGUGCAAAUCGCAUAGGGGUGCUUUGUGCUGCAAUUGAAGGAAAUCCCAUAGGGUCUGUAGCCCAUAUUAAUUUGCUUUACGAAAAAGUGAUCCCACUUUUAAAAUCCCCACUGGUUUCUUAUUUGGCUGUCAAGGCCUAUCGAUCGUUCCGUAACGCUGCUUUUGAACCUAGUGAAGAUUAUCUUCAUGAAUCAAUUUUUUACGCUUCUAUUCGCACACUUGGUUCGUUUGAUUUGAACAGGGAGUGGUGUGAGGAACCUCUAGCGUCACAAUCUGAACGUGUAGUUGCUAUGUUAGCAGCACAGUGUGUGGUACUUCCUUCUGUUGCUGUAGAUGGUGAACCAGAAAUAGCUGAGGAAACAUUAUUAGAUAGUUUUUUUGACGAAGACUUGAUGAGCGUUGAGAAGAUAUGUUUUGCUUUUCCAUUUUUGGAAUGUAUUUUGCGUGAUUCUUCUCAGUCUCCAGCUCUUCGAUUGAACGCUAUCCAGUUGUUAUCUUCAGCAUUUAACACCCACUUUAUCAAGGGAGAUGAAGUCUGCUUACUACCUCUAGAAAGGCUCACGACUUUGUUAAUCACACUUAUUACAUCAGAUUCUUUGGAUCUUUCACAACAUUCAAGUGAAGCUCUGGGGAAACUUGUCGGUUUGGUGAACGGCUGCGAGAAGCGCGUUACAAGCAUGGUCAAAUUAUUCGAAUUAUUGUUGGCUUGUUUGAAAACGUGUAGCUGCGAAAGUAGAGAAAGUGUUCUAAUGGUGCUGCAAACUCCUCAUAAUUUCUAUCAGUCAGUAUUUGCAGUUCCGCAGUAUUCAGACUUCAGAAAACUUUUUACUCAUCGUAUUUUCAUAGCAUGCCAUGACCCAAAUGAGGAGUGUUGUAAAGCUGCAAAAUAUAUAUGGGAGAGUGAGAACCUCAGUUUGGAUAUCAAAGAAAUGGAAGCUAUUUUGGAUGAUGUUGCUUCAGAAACUGAGUUUGUGAGAAAGUCUUCCUCACAAGCAUUGACUUCAUAUUUACAAAAGUUUCCAGACCAAUGCGUGCCGUUAGUUUCUGAGAUGGGUAGACGUUAUAAGGAUCUGUCUGAGUUACGUGGUUCAGUCUUCGAUGAUGUUGGACGUAUGAUUUCUGAUGUAGUGGAUCACUGGGAGGGACGCUCGGGUAUUGCGGAUGGUCUUAUUAAUAUUGCACCAUAUCUGCCUGAAUCGGCAACAAUGCUUUUUAUGAAGAUAAUUGUUCCUGAUGGCUUAAACGACCGUAAAGAUAUAUGUCGUGGUUUAAUGUGUAAUGCAGCCAUCGAGGUUGUUAAAAAGUACGGUGCAACGCAGAUGAGUGAAUUACUUCCUUUUUUGGAAGGGAUGUUGAAGUCGACAUCUGAUGCUAGCAAGUACGACAACUUGAGGCAAGGAUUAGUGCUUAUUCUUGGUACACUGGCUCAACAUUUAGACAGUGCAGAUGGAAAAGUUAGAGCAAUAGCAGCUAGGCUUAUAGAGACAUUGUCUACUCCUUCGGAACGUGUUCAAAUGGCUGUAUCUAAAUGCCUUCCGCCGUUAGUUCCAGCUAUUAAAGAAAACGCGAAAGAGUUGACGGCAACUCUUUUACGAUUGUUAGUUGAAGCAAGUACUUAUGGUGAGCGCCGGGGAGCUGCUUAUGGUCUCGCUGGUUUGAUUAAAGGAUUGGGCGUUUCUGCAAUUCAUGGGUUAGGGCUGAUGAAGAAGCUGGAAAACUCGUUACUGAAUAAAAAAAGCGUAAAACAUCGCCAAGGUGCUCUCUUGGCCUUAGAAAUGCUUUGCGGAUCUUUGGGUAAGCUGUUCGAGCCAUACAUUGUUCAAGUAUUGCCGCUUUUACUUUUAUGCUUCGGUGAUUCGGACGAAAGUGUUCGAAGAGCAGCUGAUAAUGCUGCGAAAGCGAUGAUGGCGAUGCUCUCUGCUCAUGGCAUUUUACCGUCUUUGUUGUCCGCGCUUGACGAAGAUUCUUGGAGGACAAAAUGCGCAUCUGUAGAACUAUUGGGCGCUAUGUCUUAUUGUGCCCCAAAGCAGCUUUCCGCAUGUUUGCCCAGUAUCGUUCCCAAGCUGUUAGAAGUACUAACUGAUUCACACUCUAAAGUUCAGAAGUCAGGUGAAAAGUCUCUUAAACAAAUCGCAAAGGUGAUUCGGAAUCCUGAAAUUCUAGGUAUAAGUAGCCAUCUUUUGACUGGUUUAGUCGAUCCUGCUGCGAAAACAGCUUCGUGUCUUCAAACAAUCGUCAACACAAAAUUUAUUCACUACAUUGAUGCUGCUUCUUUGGCGCUGAUAAUGCCAAUCAUAAAACGAGCGUUUACAGACCGCAAUACUGAUACUCGAAGGAUGGCCGCCCAAAUAAUAGCUAGCAUUUAUUCACUUACUGACAACAAGGAUAUGGAACCGUAUCUGUGCGACUUAGUUCCGGGGUUGCAAAACUCUUUACUUGAUCCAGUACCUGAAAUUCGAACAGUUGCAGCUAAGGCUUUUAGAGCUAUUGUCGCUUGUUCCACGGGGGAUACUUCAUUAAAAUUGAGGGAACAGAUAGUCCCUUGGUUGAAAUCAAAAUUGGUUUCAGAAACAAGUUCAGUUGAUCGCUCUGGAGCCGCGCAGGGACUUUCUGAAGUACUUUCGGCAUUAGGAGAUGAGCAACUGAAGUACGCUAUGCCCGACAUUAUCAAAACUACUGAGAUGCCUGAUGUGGCCCCUGAAAUUCGUGAUGGAUACAUUUUAAUGUAUAUCUAUCUGCCGAUGGUAUUUGGUGAUAGAUUUGUUUCGUAUUUGCCACAGGUAAUUCCAAGCAUUUUGAAAGCUCUAGCUGACGAAAAUGAAUAUGUAAGGGAUAGCGCUUUAAGAGCCGGUCAGAGGCUAAUUGCCAUGUAUUGUUCGCAUGCACGUCGCCUGCUGCUUCCCCAGCUGCAAACAGCACUAUUUGAUGAUAAUUGGCGGAUUCGCCAUGCAUCUGUAACAUUAAUUGGGGACUUCCUUUUUAAUGUUUCUGGUGUUAGCGGCAAAAUGACGUCUGCAACUGCUAGUGAGGAUGAUACCAUGGGCAUGGAAAGUGCAGGUAAAGCCAUUAUUCGGCAACUGGGGCAAAGUUGCAGAGAUCGCGUAUUAGCUGGGAUUUACCUUGCUCGUUCUGAUGUUGCUUUGAGCGUGCGCCAAGCUGCAAGUCAUGUUUGGAAAAUCGUAGUCGCAAACACUCCACGAACUCUAAAGGAGAUUAUGAAAACGCUGUUUGAAAUGCUUUUGAGCUGUUUGGCUAGCAGCAGUGAAGAUCGUCAACAAAUGGCUGCUCGAUGCCUGGGUGAACUGGUUAAAAAGAUGGGAGAGCGGAUUCUAAUAGAUGUUUUACCAGUUCUUGAGCUAGGGCUGGAAUCGAAUUCUGUAGAUCAGCGUCAGGGAGUGGCUAUUGCUUUGCAUGAAAUUAUUGAUAAUACAACAAAGGAUGUCGUUGCAAUGUAUUCACCGCAAUUGGUGGGGCCGAUUAAGAAGGUCUUGCAAGACUCAGAACCGGAAGUUAGGAAAGCUGCUGCCUCAACAUUUACAGUCUACUUGCAGAGUGUUGGCGUCUCAGCCUUUGAUGAGGUGAUCAGUCCGCUGCUUGAUUUACUGUCACCUUCAAAUGAGGAUGUUAUAAUUGAUGGUUUAAGUGAAGUUAUGCGACUGAAUAGCAAACAAAUGUUGCCGUAUGUCCUUCCAAAAUUAACUCGUCCUCCAAUUAAUGCCAAGGCCUUGUGUGCCUUGUCUUCCGUAGCUGGUGACUCACUAACACGUAGCCUGGGACACAUCCUUGAAUUUCUGUUGGACAACUGCACCUGUGAUGAAGAGAUUGGGCAGUCAUUACAUGUUGUUUCGUCGGUAACUGAUCGUGAUGGAGUGCUGACUAUUAUCUCUACAUUAUUACAAAGAGCGCUUACAAAAAAUCAGUCUGCUGCUGCGCUGCUUCUCCACUUGUUCGCUCAAAAUACGAAAGUUGAGUUAAAAGCUUACACGGAUGAAAUUUUACCCCACACGUUACUCCUGUAUAGCUCACCAAAUCCAGCUAUUGUUGAGAAUGCAAUUGGGAUAUUAUUAUGCCUGUCACAAGGAAUGGAUCAACGCACUCAAUUAGCUUCUCUCCCAAUAUUAAAACAAGCACUAAGUACCUUAAAGGAGUACACUGAAGAAAAUGUCAUACCUGGCUUGGCUCACCCGAAGGGUUUGCAACCUUUGCUGCCAAUGUUGCGAGAAGGGAUCCUUUCUGGAGGCAUAGAAAUGAAGGAAAUGGCUGGUGAAGCUAUGGGGAAUUUAGUCGCGAUAAGUGAUGUAAUUUCCUUGAAACCCCAUGUCGUAAGCAUAACUGGUCCUUUGAUUCGUGUUCUGGGUGACCGAUAUCCUCCAGCCGUGAAACUCGCGGUCCUUACAACAUUAAUUCAUUUGCUUGAUAAGGUAGACGUUCUUUUGCGUCCCUUCUUGCCUCAGCUUCAAAGUACGUUUAUAAAAGCGUUGCAAGAGCCGUCUUCAAAAAAUGUGAGGUUAUUUUCUGGCGGAGGGCUUUCUCGUCUGGUCAAAAUCCACCCAAAACCGGAGCCUAUCAUUGCGGAGUUGAUCAAGAUUUUGAACACUUCUGAAGGGACAGCAAACAUAGAAACCACCUUGAUAUGUCUACGAGCUGUUCUUCAUGGCAUUCACGAAAAAAUAAAUGCUGAAACUGCGCAAGGAAUUUUGAAGGCUGCAGAAAGAAAUUGUGGUGAGGAUGCUGAGGACGCGACAUUGAGUGCAGCCUCAGCUUUGUAUGGUGAAGCGUUAUUGUGGUUGAGUAGUUAUCCUAGUGGUUUUUUAAAAGUUUUGGAAAGUGGUACGAAUAUUCGAUUGCGGCACUCAAACGCUAUUGCUCUGCAACAUAUGUGCAGCAUCGAUGCACCAGCGAUUGUGGAUCAUUUUUCUUUCGAUUCGCUUCGACCGGUACUUAUCUCACUUAUGCAGUCUGAUAAAAGUUUCUUGGCAUCUGCCGGAGUUCGUGCUGCUUCAUACGUUUUGCUUAGUCAGAAAGAUUUUGAUUUACCGUUGCUGACUGCUUUGGCGCGCGCCGUUAAUCACCAGUCAAAUGACGUUAAAAGAGUAGCUGGUAUUGGGAUGCAGCAUAUAUCGCAAAAGGAGCUAACACCUGUGGAACUGAAGGCAGUUAUUCCGAUGCUAGUUAAUGGCACUAAAGAAAAAAAUACGGCUGUGCGAGCUGCUUUUGAACAAGCGUUAAUUGCAGCAUUUAAACUUCGUUCGAACACUUCGUCAUACGAGAAUUACUUGUCAUCUGUCGAGGGAGCUGCACGAGAUAUACUUGCCGAAACGUAUCGGUCUCUUUCGAAGGUUCUAAAGCAACCAGAUACUGGCUUAGAACCUCUUUCAGAUUUAACUGCAGUUCCGUAGUA